AUACAUUUUGAUCGUGCGUAUUGUAAACAUUAACUUAGUUAUGUACUGCUAGUACACUAAUGUUCAUAUUUGUUACUCCAAUUAGAUAAUACUACUGCUGCAUCAAAUGCACAUAAUAGGUAUUAUGUUCAGUAGUGUAGUGAUGUAACAGAAUGGACGCGGAUGAUCCUAGGAGACCGCUACUUGGGCAAGCACCGGCUAGGCCGAGUCGCGUCCGUCGCGCCGCGUCGAAGCUGUGCGGGUUGGAGUCUUGGCGGCGGCGUGUCCCCAUCACAACAUGGCUGCCGAACUACAAGUCGGAAUAUUUGUUCAGGGACUUCAUAGCGGGUUUGACGGUGGGUCUGACGUCCAUUCCUCAAGGAAUCGCCUAUGCCAUAAUAGCAGGACUGCCGCCUCAGGUGGGUCUAUACUCCAGCAUCUUCCCCGGCCUCGUAUACGGCAUAUUCGGCAGCUGCAAGGACGUCACCGUCGGCCCGACGGCUAUACUGGCGGCCCUGCUCGCCAAAUAUGUCGCCAAAGCCGAAGCGUUUGCAUACCUGGCUUCGUUCCUGUCCGGAUGUGUUAUUAUGCUGCUAGGGGCGUUGCAGUUAGGGUUUCUGUUGGAUUUCAUCUCCAAGCCGGUGAUCAGCGGGUUCACGGCGGCGGCCGCGCUGCAGAUCGCGGCCGCGCAGCUCAAGUCGCUCUUCCGGCUCACAGGGUCGUCGGGUAGUACGUUUCUGGAGGCCGUGAUCAAUUUCUUCAAGAAUAUAAAAACGAUACAUUUGUGGGACACCGUUUUAGGUGUCACCUGUAUAGCUUUACUGCUGCUGUUGAAACGGUUAAAGCUUUCAACAGACUCUAGCUCAAGUGUGUUGCGACUGCGUGCCGCGCGCGCCUGCGUGCACGUGGUGCGCGCGCGCAACGCGCUGGUGGUGUUCGCGGCCGCGCUGCUCGCCUACCUGCUGUCGAAGAAGGGAACCCUGCCGUUCGCACUCACUGGUACCAUAACAGGCGGCCUACCACACUUCGCCCCUCCCCCGUUCUCGACAACCGUCGGCAACCAGACGCUCGCCUUCCCGGACAUGCUGGUCGUGUUCGGCCCGGAGGGGUUCGUGAUGCCGCUCGUCGCCAUCUUGGAGAGCAUCGCUAUAGCUAGGGCUUUCGCUGGCAGCAAGCCCGUCGACGGCACGCAAGAGAUGUUAGCCGUUGGUGCGUGCAACAUAGUCUCUUCGUUCUGCCAGGCCAUGCCGGCCACCGGGUCGUUUACACGGACAGCGCUGAAUCACGCUUGCGGUGUCGUCACACCCGCUGGCUCCAUGUUCAAAGUUCUACUAGUCCUACUAUCAGUGACGUUACUCACUGAUGCGUUCUACUACAUCCCCCGUGCCGUGCUAGCGGCCGUCAUCAUGGUCGUUAUGAUGUCCAUUAUAGAACUCGCUAUCAUACCGACGUUGUGGAGGAAUAGCAAGCUGGAGCUGCUGGUGUACUCGUGCACGGUGCUGGUGGGGAGCGGCGCGGGGCUGGAGUACGGCAUCGCGGCCGGCGCGGGCGCCGACGCGCUGCGCGCGCUGGCGAGGACGGCGAGGCCCCGGCUGCACCCCGCCGUCUACAAGGUCGGCAACCAGUCGUGUAUCUCCCUGACCCUGACGGGCAGCCUCGGCUACGCCAGCGCGGAGCACUGCGCCGGCGCGGUCCGGAAACAGGCGCGCGCGACGCCGCUGGUAGUCGUGCUAGAUGGACGGUUGUUGACCAGUGUGGACCUUGGGGUUGCUGAGAGCCUGAACACCACGAUCCUGGAUCUGGAGGAGCAGGGUCAUCGGUUCCUCUUCUGGAACUUCUCCCCGCGGCACCAGAGGCUCCUAGUGGAGCUGCAGCCUAACUUCGACAGCAAAUUCGUGACUGGGCCCAGCAUAGACCAGCAUAUACUAGCUUUAGAUAUCCAAAGAACACCGACGAUAGUAUACUGAAGAUAAGAAACAUCUAUUAAGAGAAAAAUUGUAUUACACUCCAAAGUAUACGCUGUAUAAGUCUAUAAGUUCUGAAAAUACUUCAGCAUACUCUAUAUAGAUCGACCAAAUAAAUAUUUACAAUUUAACGAAACUGGAAAGAUACAUUAUUUUUAUACAUAUGUAUACCACUUAUAUAAGUUUAAUACACAUAUUAGUAAGAUUAUUAGCUAGUCACUUUUCCAAUGAUAUGGUGCAAGUUCUAAAAUACAUAUGGUAGGUACGGUAUGAUAGGUAGGUUUAAAAUUAGCGAUGACGGCAAGCGGCUGUAAUUAAUUAGUAUUCGAUAUAAUUAUUUUUUAUAACAAAUGUUUAUUUUACAACGUUUCACAGUACAUAUAGCCCUUUAAAUUUUCGAGGUAGUUACGUAAUGUGCUUAUUAUAAUAUAGAAUAGGGUGUCGUAAUGGAGCAUCAGAUGUACUGUAAUUGUUGUAGUUAAGUGACCCCGUUUUCAAAAACCUAUUGAAUAUUUAUUUGGUAUGGUAUCUUCCUUAGUCAAUCUUGUAUCGAAUUUAUCAGAAUUGUAAUUAUAAUACCUAGAUAACGUGCUUUGCAAUGUGUCGAGACCUCAAAAUGAUAUUAAUUUUGACAUUCCCAAAGUAUUUGUUACUUAGUAAAUUUUCUUUCAGCAUUUUAUUUUAAUAAAUCGUCAGCUGACAAACACAGCUUAGUUAGGAGUUAAGAGUAUAAGAAUAACUGUUAUCUUAGAUAACGAUGUGAUAUAUUCUCGUUAAAGAAUAAAAUAUAUUUUAUGACCUAUCUA